CACACUAACGACUUCUGCAAGUCUCCCUUCUCCCCACACAAAUCACUUAAGUGUACCACGAUGUCGGUUCUCUUGGAGACGUCGCUGGGUGAUAUCGUAAUCGACCUCUUGGUCGAUCAAGCGCCCAGGUGCUGCGAAAACUUCCUCAAGCUCUGCAAGAUCAAAUACUACAAUUACUCCCCGAUUCACUCCAUCCAGCGCAAUUUCUCCUUCCAAACCGGCGAUCCUUUGGGCCCUUUUAGUGCCGACUCCGAUGGUGGAUCAUCGAUAUGGGGCUUGCUACAAGGGCCAUCGAACAAGAGUUUCGCCCCCGAGUUCAAACCCUCAUUGAAACAUCAUGAGCGCGGCACGGUUAGUAUGGCCACCGCGCCCAUCGGCAAAGAGGACGAUACGGACCGGGUGGCGGGGAGUCAAUUCAUCGUGACACUGGGGGAAGACCUAGAAUAUCUCGAUGGGAAGGGAGCCGUAUUCGGAACGGUCGUGGAAGGGUUCGAUGUGCUGGAGAAAAUCAACAGCGCCUUCAUUGACGACGCGGGAAGACCGCUCAAGGAUAUUCGCAUCCGGCAUACCAUCAUACUGGACGAUCCGAUCAAUGAUCCUCCUGGCCUUGUGGAUUUCCUACCCCAAAAGAGCCCGCUACCAACGCCUGCGCAGAUGGCGACGGUCAGAAUAGCAGACGACGAGGACCUGGACGUGGAGAUGGACCAAGAAGCCCUUGAGAAUCUCCGGCGAGAAAGAGAAGCGCGGGCACAAGCGUUGACGUUGGAGAUGAUGGGAGACCUUCCGUUCGCAGAAGUCAAACCCCCGGAGAACAUCCUCUUCGUCUGCAAGUUAAAUCCCGUUACACGCGACGAAGACCUGGAGCUCCUCUUCAGCCGGUUCGGGAAGAUCCUGAGCUGCGAAGUCAUUCGGGAUAAACGGACUGGCGACUCCCUCCAGUACGCAUUCAUCGAGUUCGAGAAUGCGAAGGAUUGCGAACAAGCGUAUUUCAAGAUGCAGGACGUCCUGAUCGACGAUCAUCGCAUCCACGUGGACUUCUCCCAAAGUGUCAGUCGGUUAUCCGACACGUGGCGGACAGCGACCAACACGAAGCGGCAGUCUGCGGCAGGCUUUGGCGGCAUUCAAGGCCUGGAGAAGAAGAGGCAAUAUCGCACGGAAGACCGCGAGGGAAGCACAAGGGUUGACAAGUACGGUAUGGUGUUUGACAAGGCACGGGGCAAGGGUGGGAAUGGUCGUCCUUCGGAAGCGCCAGAAGAACAUCACGGUGGGAGACGCAGGUCGCGGAGCAUAAGUCCACGUAGGAACCGUGAGCCGGACUAUCGAAGAUCAAAAUAUGAUGAUGGAGGACCUCGACCCGGGGAAAGGAGACGAAGUAGGAGUCGUGACCAACACAGAGACAAAAGAAGGAGACAUCGUAGUAGGGAGAGAUAUCCCGACGACAGAGAUAGGCGCCGACAGGAACGGCGAUGAAUCGGGG